AUGCCCAAUUCAAGAAAUAAAAAUGUGUCGAGUAAUGGGAAACUUUCGAAAUCCUUUGUUCAAAAAGGCGGUUCAUUUGAUCCAUUAGAUGUCACUAAGUCCUUAGGGUUUCAAAUUAACCGUAAGAUUGGCAGGAACGUUUGGUCAAAAGAUGAUGAUAAAAAAUUGACCGGAUUGGUUCAAGCCCUUUUGAUAGAGAUGGGGUUCCCCAAUGGUAUUAAGGAUAUCAAAUCUAUAGAACAUUCAACAGAUGUCUCUCAACAAUUAAAUUGGGAUUCAUUAGAAGCACAUUUUGUUGAGCCACGUAGGCGUGGUAAAGAUUUGAAGAAAAGAUGGACUGCCUCAUUAGACCCCAAUUUGAAAAGAGGUCGAUGGACGGAUGAUGAAGAUAAAAUCCUUUUAAAAGCUUUCCAGAAACAUGGUCCACAUUGGUUGAUCAUUGCAGCAGAAAUACCAGGUAGAACUGAGGAUCAAUGUGCCAAACGAUAUACUGAAGUAUUGGGUCCUAAUAGUAAAGGUAGACUCCGAGAAUGGAGCGUAGAAGAGGAUUUAUUAUUGAUAAGUAAAGUGAAACAGUAUGGAACUAAAUGGAGACAAAUCUCUUCAGAGAUGGAAUGUAGGCCUAGUCUGACCUGUAGAAAUCGCUGGAGGAAAAUUAUUACUUUAGUCGUGCGUGAUAAGGCAGAUCCAAAAAUUUCAGAAGCUGUAAGAAAGCAUCAAGAAUUAACAAAGACUAAUCAAAAUCCCCCUUCCAAUUCUCCGUCUCCAUCACAACCUCAACCACAAAACAAUUCAAAUUCAAUGAGUAAUUCUAUCACUCAUGAAAUGCCUCUACCAACCAGAUUAUUACAGCAAAAUACUAAUCUAAGUAUAUCCAACAAAAAUACAACCCCAGCAAAUUCUCCACCACAUUUGAUUAGACCUUUAUCUGUGCCACUCCCCAUGAAUGCAAGCCACGUUAAUAACUUGAUGAAUAAUAUGAACAAUAAUAACAUCGGGAGAUUUCAUCGUCCAAUGAUGGCUAAUAGCACAGGGAAUAGCCCAAUUCCCAUGAACGCAUUAUUAUCAAUUAGAGGUCUCGAUAAUAUCUCAACAUCGUCACCAUCGCAUAAUAUUCAUAAUAAUAACUCAACACAGGAUAAUUCUCACACAAAUAAUAAAAUCGAAAAUACAUUCUAUCAUUCCCAUACCCAAUACGCAUCAGACGGAAUUUCUUGUAUUUCAAAUUUAAAUUCAUUUAAUAAUCCUAAUAAUAAAUCAUCUCCAGAGUGGACUGUAACAUUGAAGGACUCGAAAGAGAAAACCAUUACUCAAGAAACUUUAAAUAAUGAGAGUAUAAUUUCAUCUUUAGUCAAUGAAGCUAAAAAGCAUUCCCUGAAAAUAGUCAUUAAUUCGCACAUACAUCAACAUUAUUGCGUUCAUAGAGAUACAAAUUCAUUAUUACCAACAUCAACUAAUCACUCUCUAGAGAUGAAUACAAAUACACAUACUAAUACCAUCUCACAAAAUAGAACUUUAAUGAAUACUCAAAGCCCAUCACCAAGUUUUAUGAAUAUUGGUGAGUAUAGUAAUAAUAAAUCCACUGAUAAUUCAAACGCAUUAACUUCUCCAAAUUUCCAUUUAACCUCACCACCAACAACAUCUUUUAGUCCGGGGCCAAGCAUCACUUAUCCAUUAAUGAUACACCCUUCUUUUCAAGAUCAAAACUCAAAUCCUUAUAUCUCCUUUAAUUCGAACACUGAUGACUCAAAGCAGUAUACUUUGAAUAACGGAAGAGAGCCUCUAUAUGAGAGAUUUGGCCACUCCAGAAAGUCACAUUUUAACAAAUUAACAACAUACUUAAAACCAAAACUAUCUUCAUCAGGAUCAUCUACUCCUGUUAAUAAUUCUAACCCUAAUAACAAUAGUUUUCCAAAGAAUAAUAAUAUUCACUCGCCUAUAGGGCCUAAUACUUCAAUUUCCCAAGUUAUAAAUAACACAGGGUCACUAGACUCUCCAAACAACCAUCUAGGCUUUAAUAAUUCUCAACUAAAUUCUAAUACAGAGUUAGCUUUAAAGGAACAAUUCAAUUUAAGGCGUCCUCAUAUAUCAAAUAAUUUUAAUUUGUUAAACAUGCCAUUUAAAUCGCCAACAGAUACUAACGCAAGUAAUGGGAAACAUAGUGUUCCAUCUGCAGAAGAUGAUGAUGGCACAGAUUUCUGGGAAAAUCUAAGAAAUCUGGCGGGCCAACCGACUCCAGAUAAUCCUCAAUUUGCUCCAUCUGCCUUAGAAGAAGAUUAUGGGAUUUUUUUCAACUUUUUUGAUAACGAGCAAAGACUAGCAAAUCCAGGAACUCAAUUUUAUGAUGGCAAUAAGCAUAUUUCUCAUGGAGGUAGCAGGUAUGUACAUGAGCAGCUUUAUGAAGAACAAGAAUCGGGUGAUGAAGAUGAAGAGUAUGAAGAUGAGGAGGAAGAGGAGGAUAUUACUGGGUAUGGUAGCUGA